AUGGGUACAGCUAAAAGAACUAAGAGACAGAGUUUAAUGCGUGAGGUGCGUCCUGAAAUGUUUCAAGAUAAUGAAGCAUCUAAUCAAUUAUCAUUUAAAGUAAAUAAACAACAAAAGAAAGGAACCACAAAUGCUGCACCAAAUAAAAAGGAACAAAGAAAAGCCUUAUUAUAUGGAUCACAAAGAAAGGAAAAGCAGAAGCAAAAGCAAUUAGAAAAAAAUUUAAAUAUACCUGAAUUGAAUAAGAGUAUUAUUCCUGGUUUGAGAUUAAAAAGUGGUAAAAAGGGUAAAAAAUUAUUGAAAGAUCAUGAUAGCUUAAUUUUACAAAGAUUAGUGAAAAGUGUUGGUGAUAAACAAGAUGAAGUUGACGAAAGUAAAUUAGAAAAGGCUAGAAGAUUAGAGGAAAUUAGAGAAUUGAAAAGGAAAGAAAUAGAAAGAAGAGAAAUGGAGAAACAAACAAAAUUAGAAGAAAAAAAGGAUGAAAUUAAAAAUAAGUCUAGUGUUGCAAGAACAUUGCGUAGAAAAAAUAAAAGGGAACUAAUUAAAAAGCAGCAUGCAACUACUGGUUAUGAAGAUAAUAAAGAUAAGCCUGUUAGUAAAGAGAAAAAAAGCGUUAAAUUUGCUUAG